CCAAGAUCAGUCGCAGUUAGUCCGUCAACCUCGUCGCGUCUCUGCUAUCCGUAGUACUCGAAAGCCCCAUUCAAAAUUCCCCGAGAUCUGCGUGGGCUCCAAGCAGCUGCCAGAACAAAUCGUGAUUCAGUGACAUAUUUAGUUUGUGCCCAGCGGAUGAUUUAGUUUAAGAGGAGACUUAAGACAAGUGCCGCCGAAAAUGAGUGACAGUUCCAGCUCCACUUGCUCCAAGGAUCGUGCUAAGCCGGUGGAAACCCUGGUUUUGGCCAACUAUGCCCUGAAAGCCGAGCAGAAGAAGGCGCAAGGACAGGGUGGUCGAAAGGAGGACGAGCGCAUCACCACUGCGGUGAUGAAGGUCCUCGAGGGUUACGACUGGAAUCUAGUCCAGGCAUCAGCCAAGGCGCCCACGGACCGCAAAAAGGAGCACAUCAAGCGCCCCAUGAACGCCUUCAUGGUUUGGGCCCAGGCAGCCCGCAGGGUCAUGUCCAAACAGUAUCCGCAUCUGCAGAACUCGGAGCUGAGCAAAUCGCUGGGCAAGCUGUGGAAAAAUCUAAAGGACAGUGAUAAGAAGCCCUUCAUGGAAUUCGCCGAGAAGCUUCGAAUGACCCACAAGCAGGAGCAUCCGGACUACAAGUACCAGCCGCGGCGCAAGAAGGCGCGGGUGAUGCCGAGCCAGCAAAGCGGGGAUGGGGGAUCCCUGGGUCCAGAGAUGACGUUGUCCGCCACAACGGGUAGCUCCGGGAAGCCAAGGAGCAGCAAUUCCAACGGCCAGAGGCGAGCUGGUAAGGGAAAUGCAGCUGCAGAUCUGGGCAGCUGCGCCUCGACCAUCUCCCCCCAUUCCAAUGUGGGCUCGAACUCCUCGGAUGUCUUCAGUAAUGAGGCCUUCAUGAAAUCCCUGAACAGUGCCUGUGCGGCCAGUUUGAUGGAGCAGGGCCUCAUCGAAACUGGCCUGGACUCUCCGUGCUCCACGGCCAGUUCACUGUCCUCGCUGACGCCCCCAGCCACACCCUACAACGCAGUGCCCUCUAAUGCAAAAGCGUCGGCAGCAAAUAACCCCAGUCUUUUGCUAAGGCAACUAAGUGAGCCAGUGGGAAAUGCAGGCCAUGAUUAUGGAGUUCUCCUCGAGGCAGGCAGGGAAUAUGUGGCCUUAGGUGAGGUCAAUUAUCAGGGGCAAUCGGCGGGAGUUCAGAGUGGAGCAGAAGGAGGAGGAGCAGGUCAGGAGAUGGACUUCCUGGAGAACAUCAAUGGCUAUGGUGGCUACACGGGCAGUCGGGUGAGCUACCCUGCCUACUCCUACCCCGCAAACGGAGGCCACUUCGCCGCCGAGGAGCAGCAGCAGCAGCAGGCGUCACAGGCCAGUGAAGCCUUAAAUUACAAGCCUGCAGCCGCCGACAUCGAUCCCAAGGAAAUUGACCAGUAUUUCAUGGAUCAAAUGCUGCCCAUGACGCAGCACCACCAUCCGCACCACACGCACCCGCUGCACCACCCACUGCACCACUCGCCGCCUUUGAACUCCUCUGCCUCGCUAUCCUCGGCCUGCUCCAGUGCCAGCUCGCAGCAGCCGGUGGCGGAGUACUACGAGCACUUGGGCUACUCCCCGGCCGCCUCCUCCGCCAGCCAGGUCCCCAACUUCGGGCCCCAGCAGCCGUAUGCCAAUGGGGCGGCCUCCCUGACCCCCUCACUGGGUGACCCCGCACCGCAACAGGAGCUGCAGUCGCAGCAGCAGGAGCAGCAGCACCAGCACCAGAAUCCAUCGCAGCAUCAUCUGUGGGGCACUUACACUUAUGUCAAUCCCUAAGCUACUUCAUUUGCACAUUUGUUGUGAGGCACAGAGAGAAAGAAGGCAUCGGUAUUCCUAAACUUAUGUGGGGAUUCAGUCGGAGAAAUCCAAUGGCAGAGUUAUCAACAAUCAUCUUUCAAAUGCCAUUCCUAAAUGUUACAUAUUAGUUUUUUAAUUCCUUUUUAUCUAAAUUUGUUCUACUCUUCCGAAUAAUAUUUAAAAUAUUUAUACCCCACGUUGUUAUAAAUUAAUUUAAAAUAAACAAAAAUUGCUCAUAAAGCAAUUAUGCAUUGCACCCAAGACAACCGCCAAUUUCUCUCCGUGCACCUGCCCCCUCCACUUCCGUUUCGGCCCCUCUUUAUGGGUCACUUAGAUGGCUUUCGUUUAUUGGUUUAUUGUCUGUGCAAUGUCCGUGUGAGCGGGUGACUGUGCAUGUGUGUGUGUUUGUGGCUUGAGGGUCUUUUUGGAGAUUCCCUGCAAUUUAAGCUAAUCGCUGCGAUUUUCGUUUAUGGCUGCAUUAUUCCUUUCCCCAUCAAUAUGCAAUUCCAGUAAGAAUCGAAGAAAGAGCCAUGGCUAUACAAUCUAAAUGGAAAUUGCCGGGGGUGGCAAGAAUACCGAGAUCAUAGCUAAUUGGAAGCAAUAUAAACUAGUAGUAAUAAAUUAUAUUUGUAAGAACAUAUUGUUUAGAAUUGGCAAGAUAGUAUACGAAAAUGUAUGAGCAGUGCUAAGAAAAUAUAAAAACGCCUUAUUUAAAGUACGGAAUAAAUAGACAACGAUUUACACACUUAAAUUAUUUGU